AUCCAAACAAACCGCGUGAUCCGUCUGACCGCUCGCUCGCUCUCGCCGGGGGUCCGGAGCUCCCCACCUCCAGCGACCCAGUCCAUCCGCGCGUGCAGCGCCGCGGCGCCGAUGGAGUACGACUUCCGCGGCGGCCGCUCGAGCUCGGGCCCGGGCCCCUACGGCGCGCCUCCGGGGGGCGCGCCCGGGGGAGGCUCCUCGCUCUACCCGCGCGUCGGGCAGCCCUCCCACGGCGGGGGCGGGGCCUCCACGGCGUCUCCGCGGGCCGCGCCGUACCACCACGGCUCCGGGUCCGGAUCCGGCUCCGGGUCCUCGGCUCCCGUCGUAACGCCGUUGGCUCCAACCUCCUUCUCCUCGUCCUCGUCCUCGUCCUCGAAAGUGGGCAUACAAGUUGCGAUAAAGCCUGAAUUCCGCAUUACCCCACCUCCUCAAUUGCCACCAGAGAUGGUAGAGAUUCCUCGCAGCACCUUCAACUUUGAUUUUGAGUAUGAGAGAAUGAUUCUUGCUGAGGCAGAGAAGGAGAACCCCAACUGGACUAAAUUUGUGGUAGAAAGACAGGCUGCACCUCUUGUGCCACAGCAGGCUAGACCAGCAUCGUCAGGGUCAGGGGAUCCAGUUGUUGACAAGUAUGUCUCAAUGGGGCUUGGGCGUCAAGCCGUCUCAUUUGCGGUGUUGAAUUAUGGAGAUAAUCCAACAAAGGUGAAAGAGUUCGUGAAAUCCUACAGCAUCCUCCACGAGAUGGGCUUCACAUCGCCAAACGUCCCCGAGCUGCUAGCCAUCCACGACAACGAUCCCGACAAAGUCAUCCAGCGACUGCUAUCCUCGCCAUCCUGAUCCUAGAAGAACAAGACGCCUCGCAUUUGUGUGCCGCAUCCAUGUACAGCCCUGCCCCUACGCUGGCAACCAUCACAGAUGAUGUAUACGC